AAAGUCUCGCGUUGUUUCCACCGACAUUUCGUGCGCAGCCACCGCACUCUCUGCCUGCUUGCAUUUUGUUUUUUCAAAACAUUUUUUUUUUUUUGCAGGGACGGGAGUGAGCAACGAAGACGUCCGUGCAUGAAUCAAACCCGAGUGUGUUAGUUGACAGAUUUCUCGGUUGUAGGCCUGUUGAUUAGCUGUCAGUAUGGCGGUAGUCAUCAGACUGCAAGGUCUGCCCAUAGUGGCCGGCACCAUGGACAUCAGGCACUUCUUCUCUGGCCUCACCAUCCCUGAUGGGGGCGUACACAUCGUGGGUGGCGAGCAUGGCGAGGCCUUCAUUGUCUUUGCCACCGAUGAGGAUGCUCGGCUGGGAAUGAUGCGCACAGGUGGGUCCAUUAAGGGCUCCAAAGUAUCGUUGUUGCUCAGCAGUAAGACGGAAAUGCAGAAUAUGAUUGAGUUGAGCCGGCGGAGGUUUGAAGCCGGCACGGGUGCGACCGAGACCGCCGCGCCCGCUGCGGCUAACCGCCAAGCUGCCGCGGCAGCCAUACCCGCAAUACAGUCGGCCACAGCGGGGAGAAGUGGUAGCCAUGGAAACCCCGGUUUCACUAAUACUCCUGCGGUGGCGACAGCAACCUCAUCUCAGGAGACUCCGCUUCACAAGGCCGCAGCCAGCCUGGCGAGUAUGAUGCCCAACUUUCCCCAUGGCUACAGCGCCGCCCCUACCAUCACCACAGCCCUGCCGUCUCUCAAUCCGGGUCCUCCGCUCAUUGCGCCCAUGCCCUCCAUGCCCUCCAUGCAAUCGAUGCCCACUAUCCCCACGGUUCCUCCUCCCGUGUCGUCGUUGCCACCUGUCCCUACUGUCGUCACCCAACUUUCCCAUGGACCUCCUGUACCACCAAUGUCCCACCUGUCCCACAUGUCGUCUCUGCCGCCUUUCAACCCCAGCAUGCCCCCACCCGGAGGACUUGCCACAGGCCUCCCCCUCGGCACCCCCAACCCGAUGCUGUUCAACCCCCUCACCCCUCUUGCGUCUCUGGGUCUCCAGGCUCACAUGAAGGCUGCUGCAGCCACAGCCACGGCAAUUGGUGUGUCCAGUCCAGAUGAGUUGUUUGUCUUCUUGCAGAACCUACUGUUCUCCUGUUCAGAGAUGGAGGUCAGGGAGUUUUUCCGGGGUCUGGGGGUGGACGGAGUGCGCUUUUUGAGAGACGGGCAAGGUCGUCCGACUGGCCGAGCAAUGGUCAAAUUCUUCUUGCCCCAAGACUGCUUUGAAGCUGUGAAGCGGGGUGGUGGCAUGAUGGGUCAAAGGUUCAUUGAGAUCACCCCGGGCUCUGAGAGGCAGUGGGCUAGCCUCAAUCACAGCACAAUGGGCCCGACUUCCCAAAAUAGCGCGAAACCAAACAGUCAUUCACAAGACCAGCACCAACGACGUAGUCACGCCGGCGACAUUGGCCGGGAUCAGCGAGGGAGGUCAAGAUCUCCACAUCGCCAAGAGUUCUGCGUUUACCUGAAGGGCCUCCCUUACGAGGCUGACAAAAAACAGAUCAAGGAGUUCUUUAAGAACCUAUCCGUGGUGGAGGACACCAUGUACAUUGCCUACGGCCCCAAUGGACGAGCCACAGGAGAGGGCUUUCUGGAGUUCAAAACGGAACAAGAUUACAAGACUGCACUGGGUGCUCACAUGCAAUACAUGGGUUCCCGCUUCAUCCAAGUACACCCCAUUGGCUACAAAGGAAUGUUGGAAAAGAUUGACUCCAUACGUAAGCGUGAAGCAGCGCAGAACGGCGGCAAGAGCCAAGAUGGCCUCAAAACUGAACCAAGGAACUGCGCACACAUCACCAACAUCCCUUACAAUAUCUCCAAGAAGGACGUCCGUGCCUUCCUGGAUGGCAUCGGGCUUUAUGAAGACACGCUGAAGGUUCUGACGGACGGCCACGGCAACGGUUUAGGGCAGGCUAUCUUCCAGCUUCAGACCGAGGAAGAUGCCCGUAAAGCAGAAAGACUUCACCGUCAGAAGCUUAACGGCCGUGAUGCAUUUGUUCACCUGGUGACCUUUGAGCAGAUGAAGGAAAUUGAGAGGAACCCCCCACCUCAAAACAAGAGAGGCCAAAGGCCAAAUCCACAGCAGAACCAGAGCCAGAUUCAGAACCAGCACCUGCAGGCUCCGGUGGUUCCGCAGCAGCCCCAGAUGAAUCCCUUUGGCGGGAUUGGCGGUGAGGAGUUUAACUUUCUAAGAAGCACAAUGGGAAACCUCAACAGUUCCCCGUUUGUCACUCCAUUCUCUACUGCUGGAAACGGACUAGCGAGUCACCCCCCACUCCCCCCAUUGGCAGCAGGGCUGGGGGAAGUUAAUCUGGCCGUCGCUCCGCCGCUCAUUGCCGGUCUCCCUGGAGCUCCGCUUCUGGAGCCGCCAGGCUUUCGACCGGGUGCGGCUGGGGGGCCUACAUUCGGUCAGGAUGGGCUGAGAGGCUUGGUGCCCUUUGACAACAACAGGAAACCAAGUGGAGGAGCACAGAACAGAGGCGGUCCCGGGGCUAACAACAACAGCAACAACCAAGGACGUCAAGUGGGAGCGCCUCCCGGUGGACCUCCAGUUUUCAACCCAGGCUCCGAGGGUCUCUUGAUCGCCCCUGGGGCGCCCAACAACCCUAACAUUCACCGCUCUUCUGCCGCCUCUACUGCCGCCCCGACAAUAGUCAAGCUCCAGAACAUGCCAUUCACUGUCACCGCCGACGAGAUCAUGGACUUCUUCUAUGGCUACGAGGUGCUUCCUGGAUCCGUGUGCUUGCAGUUCAGCGACAAAGGUCUGCCCACCGGCGAGGCUAUGGUAGCCUUCCAGAACCCCGAAGAGGCUUCCGCCGCUGUCCUGGACCUCAACGACCGGCCCAUUGGCGCACGGAAAGUCAAAAUUAGUCUGGGUUAAGAAAGCCCUCCACCCCAAGCCUCCAACCAAAGCAGAUAGACCCUAAAUAAACCCCUUUCAGGCUGAGCUGGUGGCGGUUAGGACUGGUGGCUACGGUUUGCUGGCGUGUUGUUGAUUGUGUUGGCCUUUGGCGGGUUGUGUAUUUUGUACUUGGGCCUUCAGUGUUGACUUACCUGAUCUAAUACCACUGCUAUUACAUUGCAAUUAUAGAAACCAUUAUUAUUAUAUUAACAAAAACAAAAACGCACGAGCCUGGCACCAAUUUUUCAGCUGCAACUGCUUUUAUGGUUAAAAUAAAAUAAAAACAAAAAUUAAAAAGUCAAAAUUGAUGCCACUAGCUCUGAACCAGCCCGAACCAUCUCAGUGCGAAUGGGGUCUUACUGCUCACUCUGCCCCCAACAGAACUUUUCAAAGCAUAGCACCACCACUUGAAGACUUGUUUAUUUCCUGCGUACGCUCAUUUUUUAUUCACUGACUUGAUGAUCAUGAUGAUGACCAACUGCUGGGGAAAAACUGAAUUGUGUUCUGUUGCUAUGGUAACACUCGUGUUGCUGCCUCUGUGUAAGUCGUGCCCUCGCUGAGGUUGUUUCACAUUUGCGGUUGCUAUGCUAUUGUUGCUACAUACUGCGUAGCUACGCUAAUAUCUCUAUAUGUUGUUGUGGUAAAACGCGUUACCAUUUGUUCCCUUGCCGUCAUGCUCAACAAUGACUUAUUUUUUUUUUUUGCUGUUGUCCUUUUCCACAUUAAAUGUCUGCUCUUUUUUUCCCCCCCUCUGCUCCUGCGUUACAUCGACGAUGCUGAAAAGCAACGACUGUCAGUGGGGUUGCAAAGGGGUGGAACAUUUCUGUAAAGUUUCCAGUCAAUUUCUAUGGGAAGUUAAGAUGGGGAGUUUUGGAACUAAUCCACAUUGGUAACUUUUCACAGGAAUUAUUGGGAAUUACUUGGGAAUUGAGUGUAAUGGAAACACAUAUUCAAGCGUAAAUGUUAAUGCAGUGGUACCUUGAGAUAGCAGGGACCCAACCUAGUAGGGUUUUCACGAUACGAGCUGUCGUCUGGCCAAUAGUUUUGCUUUGACGUGAGCAAAAAUUGGAGAUGCUUUUUGAAGUUUAAAAAACAAAAAAGAAUGACAUGUUUAAAACAACCACAUUGCUUUGAACAUUUACACGUAGACGCGUAACCAUACUGAGAGGCAUAUAUUCUUUAUCACCUGCAAAGAACUAUUAUUAUUACUGCAGCUUACUGAGGAUCUGAGACCUAUCAUGUACUUUACAUCUGGUAUGUCUGUAUUGUACUACCCCCUGGUGGCCAAGUCGUGCACGCCAGAAGGAGCAGCACAAUGUCCGUUGAACUGAAGCAAAAACUGUUUAAUUUCUUUCCAUUUUAUCAUGUUGAUGAACAUUAUGAAGGUUGUCGUGUUGCUACGAAGUGAGAUGGGCAGUUUACUGUCUCCUGUUUUUCUGUCAGUCAUGCUGAUGAGUUGCCGAAUUAUUUUCUUUUUUAAUGUUGAUGUUGCUGUGUUUUGGAUAUCCCAACAUACAUGAUGGUGACACGCAUACACACAAUGUUGGCGUAUGAACUGUAGAGUCUGCAGUGUUUUUCGUUUUGGUAGCAUUUUUUCUGUGGUCCGUAUUUAGAUUUGGGAUGUUUUCAGUGUCUGUAUGAUGCCACACAUGCUUUGAACAUACUUGUUUUUUUUGGCUAAUAAAAAGGAUGUACAGGACAUUCUCCUUGCCCGCCGGA